AUAUACUUAUUAUUUUCGGACUUCGUAUUUCGAAUCAAUCAAUAAUCUAACAUCAACCAAUAUUUGUUUUUUUUUAUUAAAUGUCCAAUUUGGUUAGGUAAUCAGAUAUUGUGAUAAAGUGAUAAAUCGGUAAAAUAUCGUUAGAUAUUAUAAGGCUCACACAGCACUCGGUGUCAGUGGAAUGCCGUUGGGGUGAUACUGUUCUACUAUAGUAGUAUACUAUAUUAUAGUAUAGAUGUCUGUACGGUAGUACUGUAGUGUCAUACUGAUACUAGAUACUGAUACUGAUAGUUGACUGUUACAAUUAGUAAUAAAAUAUAUUUUCAAGGAGAAGAUAAUAUUAUGAAGAUUGUAAUUAAUGAAUUAUAUUAUAUGAGUUACAUUCACUUUUAGGUAAGUACUUAUUUAGACAAAAUAAUUCUAUUUGUCACACUUCAACUAUUGUAUAAUUCCGAAUUUGUGGUAUAAGUAAUUUGGACUAAUCAUCUUAAAUAAGACCAAUUUUAGUGUAUUUUUAAUUAUUUUCAUAUUUUAUUUAAACUUUCUUGAUUUUCAUCUUGUACAAGACUAAAUAAAAUUUAAAAUUAUGAUUGAUUAGAUAAUUCUUCCACCUGUAGUGGUAUCUUUAUAACUAUGUAUGCGAGUAUUAUCAGAAAAUAUGAAUAAAAUGCAUUGAUAACAAUACGUUUAAGAAAAUGAAAAAAUAUUUGUAUCUGGGAAAUGAUAAAAGUUCUGUGUAAUAAAUUUCAUAUUUAAACUUUAGUUGGAUGGUUUGUUUACUGUUAUUUCAAUGGCAAACGACACAGAAAUUCUUCAUUAUUUAUGGAAUGGAAAGUUAGCUGUAUGCUUUCAAUUAGAUGAACAAGAAAUCCAUGGUAUACAAAAUCCAGAGCCAUUUUAUUUAAUGGUACCUAGAAUGAGUUAUUUUCCAUUGGUCUGUGAUAAAGUAAGAUUUUGGGUUUUAAAAAUAUAAUUUAGAUAUGUUGCAAAAAUUAAUUCAUUUUUUUUUUAAGUUAAGUGAGUAUUGAAUAUUAUUUAGUUUUGCUUUAUUAAGUUUGAAUUAUAAUUUUUUAAGGUUAAAAAACAUUUUUUGAAACAUGUCGAUCCAGAAAAACAAGAACUGGAAAUGUGGUUAGAAUAUAAAGAUAUUCCAUUAAAAUGGUAUGUUUAUACUUAGUAAAAUUAAAAUAAAAUGUUAAUAUUUAUUUUGAUUUACUUUCAAAAUGUUAAUAACAAUAUAUUUCAAAAUUUACAAAAUAUAAAAAUCCAAGUCAUAUAAUUUAUGUUAAUAUUUAAAAUAUUUGUACUGUAAUAAUAUUAUAUUAAUUAUAAAUAUUAUUAUGAAGUAUAUUAUUAAUUAGUAUAUAUUUAUUUUGAUAUAUCUAUCAGCUAUUUCACUGAACUUUUAAUAACUAAACUUUAAAAGUAAAGGCAAGGAGAAAUAAAAAUUGAUCAUAUUGAGUUUAUAGUAAUUAUAGUUUCUAAUCUUAAUUUAGAUUAGAUUUGUAAUAAUAAAAAAGGUACUGACAUUCAUCACAAGGUGGGUGGGCCACUUGCCACCGUUAAGGGUGAGAAGUUGAGAAGGUAAAGGGAAACUGUAUUAUAUAUCUAUGCAAUAAUUAAUCAUUGGUAACAAAAAAAAAAAAUUAAGCGGAGUUCGGUAAAUAUUUAUACUUUGUCAACAAUAUAUUUAUCAUAUUUUGAUAAAAUAAUUAUUUAUUUUUUUAAAUAUAAUUGUUCAAUACUGUACUUAUUUUUCCAAUUAUUAUGAAAACAGCUGGGAAAAUCAAAAAAUAACCUCUCUGUCCCCCCAGUCAGAUUUCCUUUCAAAAUAACUUUUUUAUUUGAAAAUUGGAGUUCAAAAUCUAAAAUGGACAAUUUAAAGUUAUUCAUAUUUUAACCCAACAAUAAAUCAUUGCUUAUGAAAAACUAUCCCGAGUGAAGUUGUUAAAUAUUUUUUGAAAUUCAAUAGUUUUGUGAUUUUCACUAUAAUUUGUAUAACUUAAUCAGGGCUAAACUGAUUUAACCUAUUAAUAAUUUAUAAAAAUACUACUACUAUAAUAGUUUAACCACAAGGUUUUUUUUUGUAUUCAAUUUUUAAGUAUUUUUUUUAAAAAAAAUAAUUUUACCCACAUAAAAACUCUUAACUUAUAGUGUAAUCUUUCCUCUUAUUUAAAAUCAAAUAAAAAAAUGAUUUUCCAAUGUACUAAUCAGACAAAAUUUAUUACCAUAAACCAUAUUUUUGAUGAGGCAAUAAAACAAGUUUAUAGAUGAUAAUUAAUAAUUACACUUAAGUAUUGUUUUAAGUUAACUAUUAUGCCUACUCAUAAAUUGUAGUAUUCAGUUUGAAGGAAAUACAGAUUAUUUCAAUUAAAUGAUUAAGCUGAAAGAUAAAAAUGGUUUAAUGGGAACCACAAUUUUUAAAAGCUGUAAUCAUAGUUUAUUUUAGUCCUGAGAUAUUUUUUUAAAUUAUUAAAAAUAAAGAGUUACAAGUUGUCCACAAUGUUCUAUUUUAAGACUACUUUUAUGGAUUGUAUAUAUUUUAAAAAUAUGUAAUAAUUUACAUUAAAAAUAAAUUAUACCUACUUAUUAAGUUUUUAAUUUGUAUAGGAAUUAUCCCAUUGGUGUUAUUUACGAUCUUUUUACAAUUGAUAACAAACAAGUUGAUUUACCAUGGAAAAUCACUAUUCAUUUUGAUAAUUUUCCAGAAGAUAAACUUAUCCGAUGCUCAUGCCGGUAAACAUAAGAUACUAUAGUAAUAUGCUAAAAGUAAAUAAUAACUUAACAUUUAUAUUUAACAGAGAUGCUGUUGAAUCAAAUUUUAUGUCAUCAAUGAAAGAAGCUGAUAUGUUAAAACACAGAAGUCAAGUAUUUGCGACCAUGCAACGACAUCAACAUAGUCAACUAUGGACUGGAUUAUUAAAUGGUAAGUAGUGUAUAUGGUUAUUCCACAUAUAUUUAAUAUAUUGUAAUAUUAUAUUUUAGAUAAAUUUGAUCAAUUUUGGUCAGAAAAUAAAAAACUAAUGGAACCAACUGAAGGCAAUUAUUUUAAACAUAUACCCAUACAUUUUUAUCAAUCAGGUUCGACUAGUAUGACUCAAACAUUAGUUAAACCAAUUUCAGAUGAUGGAAAUCAAAUAACUUUAGGGGAACUUAUUAAACUACAUUAUCCGUCAAUGGAUAACCGUAAGUUUGAUUGAUACAAUAUAAUAAUUUUAGAUUGAUAAAAUACUUAAUUUUUUUCAGCUAAAGUUUUUACACAUGGCAUAUGUAUUCCCAAAGAAACCCCAGUUCAAUGGAUGAGUGAACACAUGAGUUACCUGGAUAAUUUUUUACAUAUAAUUGUUGUAUAAUUUAUUUUAAUUUGAUUUGCUUAAUGAAAAAAAAACAUUUUAUAAUUUCUAUAUAAGAUCACCUUUUAUAUAUAUAUAAAAUAAUUUUUAUUUUAAACUUAAUUUACACCAGUUACAUAACGACCUUUUUUUAUAGCUUUCUUUUUAAUUUUCUCCUUUUUCUCCUGUUUCUUUUUCAUUAAGUUAUUGGUACGUUUUUCUUGCUUUUCAUUUUUGGUUUUUUCUAGAGUCAUUUUUCUUUCUUCCCAUUUUGUUUUACUAACUUUUUUUUGUCUCUCUUUUCUAGCAAUGGUUUUCUUUAAUAAUUCCAUAUUAUCUUUAACUUUUACCCCUUCAGCUUUUGCUAAUACAUUUUUCCAUGCAUCACGCUCUUUUAAUUCUUUAGCUUUAGCUGCUUCACCAGACUUUUCCAACUCAACAUACAUUUGUUGUUUAGUUUUAAUUUCAUCUAAAGCUAAUUUAGCAUUGGCACUUGUUGGAGGUGGUACAACUGUAGUUUGUUCUCCUAAGAAAUUUAUUCGGUUGAAUACUAAUUUAGCCUUGCUAUUUGUAAUUCCAUUUUCGUUUGAUAAUUUUUCUUUCAGGUUUUCAAUAUUAUCUGUUGGUUUUUUUUCACUUUUGGAUUUUUCAUGAAUCUUUUUUUUUCUUUUAAUCUUAUUUUGAAGUUUAUUUUUUAUUAUUUUCCCUCGAUACGUAUAUUUUUUUUCUA